GGUAAAUGCUAUCGAAAAAUGAUGACAAUUAUUGAUCCUGUAUUUCCAAUUCCUUCUAAUAAACGAAUUAAAAAGGAAAUUCAUAUUGGAUACACUAAUUCAAUUGAAGAAUUAAAGAUGCUACUU